CGCCUGAUUGUAUCACCUUAAGCUUGGCAGAAGAUUCUGCGGAAACUGAAACUAAUAUAAGCAAUUCGCAAUCAUCAACCAAAUUGAGUAUUUGCGAAGUAGGAGAAGCUCAAGUACUACCCAAGGAUACAGAAGUUUCCCAUGAUUAUAUAGUAGCCCAAGAUUUUAUACAAGAAAUAAAAAAACCUAACUCAUACUCUGAAUGUAAAGAUAUAGAAAAAGUGAGACCUAAAGUCCUACUUGAAAAAAGCCAAGGGUCUGUCCCAAAAAAAUUAUCAGAUGUUAAGAUAAGCAUUCUGCCUACUUCUCAAACUUCGAAAACCAAUCAAACUAAUGCAUUAGAGAUGCAAGAGAAAUACUUGAAUUCAGUUGAAGUAAGUACAUCGGCAAAUGUAUCUUCUUUCA